CGUAAAUCUGCUCUCAGUCUGUGGAUUCCUGAGAUCGAUGCAGGAAAUCGGGUUGGCUUUGUGAUUUCUUGAGAUCGAUGCAGGAAAUCGGUUUGUCUUUGUGAUUUCUUGAGAUCGAUGCAGGAACAUAAUGAAAAGUUACCUUUUUUAUUGUAUGUUUUAACUUUUUUUUAGGGGUUGUAUGUUUUAACUGAGAUAUCUCCUUCCUUGCCGUGCAUCCCAGAGUAGAGGGAGGCUGGAGUAGUGAGAUCCAAACGCAAGAUGUUGCCAAAUCCUUGCAGCAUAGGGGCAGCCGAUGAAGAGGUGGUCUGUGUCUUCAUCCUGGUGAAGGCAUCUUGGGCAAUCAGAGUUUGGCGUGAUUGUCUUGUGAGCGAGAUUUGCCUCGGUAUUUAGCCUUCCCUUGAAGGCCAACCAGGAAAAUGGCUUGAUCUUGUUCGGCACCCUGGAGAGCCAAAUAAAGUCGGCAUUUCUGUCUUCUUGAGGCUCUGUGGUUAGAAGCUGGUAGGCCUUUUUUUGUUUAGAGAAUGACAAACCGCCAUUAAGGAAGCGCGAGGCCGGCUCAUCGUUGAGCAUGAAAUCCUGCAGCAGAGACAAAAGAGUAGCCAAUUCUGUGAAAGCAGCAGAGGUUAGGUGAUCACGCAGGUUAAAUUCUAAACCAAAAUGCAUAAUAUUUGCCACUCUAGCAAAGGUCCUGGUGGAGUGGGAAAACAAGCAAGGGAAAGUUUUUGAGAGUGGCUGCGAGGUGAGCCACUUGUCUAGCCAGAAAUAAGUGUGACCCCCAUUGUUUGUUAGAACGAAGGAAAUGGUUUGCAGUGUUGGUAUGUGUGAGUUUAAGGUUUUGCAUAGAAAGGAUUUGUGGUUUGCAGUACUUGCCUGCUUAUGAAAUUUGCUGUCAAAGCUCUGCUCCCUGAAAAUACACCGUGGUUGGAUUGGCUGUCUUUGCAAGGCUUCAUGACUACUGUGUUUCUGAUUGGUUUCCUUUGGUUUCCACCUUACUUGCAAGAUACUCUUCCCAGGAGAUCCAUGCAGAUCUUCUCCAUCAAAGUCACCGACCUAAGAUAUGGUCUCAUCUGGCCACUGCAGAUUUAUGGCUCUGUUGCUUUCAGGAACUCAAUAGGACAUAAAGCCAACUAUCUCUUCAGAUGCACCAGGGAUAGCUUCCAAACCAUCACUCAGAAGGAUCCAUUUUUGCGCUUAACAGGCCCGUCUCAAGCCAUUUGGUUACUUGGCAGGGUUUUCAUUGAUGUUCAGUUAAAAGUAAAGUGCAAAAAAGAGUCUGAGGAUGAAGUGUUGACUUACAAAUUUUAUGAGUUUCGUCAAGAUUUUCGGUUCGGUCUUCUGAUACCAAGACCUAUUCCCUGCAAGCGCUGCACACUUGAGUUUGCUUUGGCAGUGCUGCCUUCGUCAGUUCAGGCCACUGUGGGUGUCCGAGUUGUUGAUGGGUCAUGGCCUGAUCAGUGUCCGGGGCUGGUUGCUUGCAGUACCGACAGUGUAAAAGGAGGGAAAGUGGUGCUGCUUGAUUUUCCAGAUGGAAAACUGCCUACCAAGUCUGAUGGUGUGGUUGAGCUUGUGAGGCAUGUUGUUUCUGUAGAUGAACCAAAGGGAAAACUGGUUGUUUCUAUGAAGGCCUCUCGGGAUGGGUUUUCUGCACAAUGUACAGUCGACUUUGAGAUGCAAGCGUCAGGAAGAAGUACCGACGUAUGUGAUCUUAUUUUCUGCAAGAUGGAGGUUACAGUUUGUUGGUCUACUCUUCUUCUGCAAAAUAUCCUUGAAUAGCCAGCCUUACCCAUGGUUUGACCAACCGAGCUAUUGAACAAUUUAGUUAUGUACCGUGAUGUUAUGGAACCCUAGUUGUUUAAUUAUGUUCGCUGAUAUGUGGCGUUACUCUCCGUGCAUAUUAGCAGUUGCUAAUGAACUUUGGCACUAUGCACUUGUACCUUAUUUGUGGAAGUUAAGCUAUGCACUUGUACCUUAUUUGUGGAAGUUAAGCUUAUUGGUA